UAGCAGAACCUGCAUGCGUAGAGAAGUGAGCCAAAAGUUAAAAGAUAUCAGCGGAUCUUUGGGGGGGGGGGGGAGAGGAGGGAAACAAUUGUUGUAUCAGACCUAAAAGAGAUGGCAGGCAUUAUUCACGAGUAGUGAAGGACUGAAAUCACACAAAUCCCCCUGCAAGCACAAAGCCAGUUCUUAUAUAAGAACAAACAUCCAGCACGUGACAUUCCUUAUGAAACAUACUGGGGUUGCUUUAACAGCGGUUCCUAAAAGGAAAAGCCACUACCUCUACAAAGGCAAAAGAAAGCACAGCAAAUACUUCUUUGAUUUAGUUCCCAAACAUAGGUGAGGCAUGCAGACUCCCAACUGGAAAGGCCUGUUCAGUGGGGGUAGUAAGUUAAAAUUUAACCACCAAUGACAAAUCCCUUUGCUGAUGUCAAAGUAGUGCAGGCACCCCCCACCCCCACCCCCAUGCUAGAAGAAGCUGAUCUGAGAAGGCUGAACAACUCAGGAGGAGACAUUCCAGCACAAUAUACAUGGCUUCAUCUGCGCAUAUGGCUCACUUUAAUGGUAAAGGGGCUAACAAAGAAAAAAGUGAUAACCCUACUGCUCACUUUCACCUUACUGAAGAGAAAAACAAGUGGGGAGAGAACUUGAUAAAAUCUGGGUCACUAUAACAAGCAACAAGGUAUGGGAACCGCAGCUCUUCCCCCUACCCUCCAAACAGGGGCUGAUGGGCAGGGAAUUUAAGAAGCUACAUCACAGGCAUGGAACAUGAAGACAAAAGUGAGAGUCUGCAGAACCUGGAGAAGUUUCAUGUUUCAGAAGAAUAUGGCUUUGUUCUCCCAGACCCACUGACAGAACUGCCAGAUUAUUAUGCUCCCUGGAUGGAUGUCGCAGCCAACUUGCCCCACCUGAUAGAGGGACAUCAGCUCCGCAGGGAAGUAGCAAAGAUGCCACUGCUCAGCACACAGUACCUGCGAGGACACAGGCAGCUGCGCCUGGCUCGCCUGGCUCUCGGCUUCAUCACAAUGGGAUAUGUAUGGCAAGGAGGCAGCAGACAGACAGUGAAGAUCCUUCCCAGAGUGCUUGCGGUGCCCUACUGCACGAUCUCAGAGCUUCUCGACCUGCCGCCCAUCCUCGUCUAUGCAGACUGUGUUUUGGCAAACUGGAAGAAGAGAGACCCCUGUGGACCCCUGAAUAUUGAGAAUCUGGACAUCCUGUUUUCAUUCCCUGGAGGGGACAGCAACAAAGGUUUCUUCAUAGUCUCUCUUCUUGUUGAAGCAGCAGCUGCAGCUGGAAUCAAGGCAAUCCCAAUCAUAGUCAAUGCCAUAUUGCACCGUGACCUUUGCUCCUUAGAAACAGCACUGCAGGAUGUGGUCUUGUCUAUAUGCAAGAUGUGUGAAGCUUUCAAACUAAUUCACGAGUGUGUAAAUCCAGGAGCUUUUUUCAGAUCCCUUCGCAUCUACCUCUCAGGCUGGAAAGACAGUUUCCUGAUGCCGGAGGGGCUGGUGUACGAGGGGGUGUGGGACAGCCCCAAGCAGUUCUCCGGCGGCAGUGCGGCACAGAGCUCUACGUUACAGUGCUUUGACGUACUGCUAGGAAUCCAGCACCGCACAGCCCAGGGGUUCUCGGCAGAGUACCUCGGUUGCAUGAGGGAUUACAUGCCAGCAGCUCACAGGGCCUUCAUUCAGACCCUAGCUUCUGGCCCAUCCCUCCGGCAGUUUGUCCUGGCAACAAAUGACGCAGGCCUGCAUGCAGCUUUCAACAAGUGCGUGUCGGCGCUGGUGGACCUACGGAGCUACCACAUACAGAUCGCCACCAAGUACAUCACCAUCCCGGCCGGGAAGUGCCGAGCAGAGCAGCAGCAGCAGCAGCAGCUCGGGGGCUGUGUCCACGAGAGCAUGUCAGUGCUCUCAGAAAGGGGAGCUGGUGGGACAGAGUUCAUGCAUUUUCUCAAAGCUGUCAGAGACACCACUCGAAAGGCACAGCUCACGGAGCAGGAGGCAACGGUGUUAUCACACUGA